AGUUUUUGGGUUCAUGCUCAGAAAUCUUACACCUGAACCAACCUGAAGUGGGGUAUAUGCACUGGUUGGUAGAAGGGAUCGACAAGUUUAGGAACCUAAUAAUUUCAAGGCAGUAAGUGCAACAGUUGAUGCAUCUAUGUUGGAGAUGGUAUAAGUGCUAGUUGGUAGGCUGUAGGUGGGUAACGAGUGCAAUAGUUGGUGGUUGAGUGGUUUCAUGGUGAAGAUGUUAUUUUGUAUAUGAAUUUGUAAAUCAAAUGACUGAGCAUCUCUCUUUGGUUCUCAAACAAUGCAUAAGCACCAAGUCGGCCGCAUUGGCCAAGGCGGUUCAUUCUAUUUCUCUUAAAUUGGGCAAUCUCACUAGGCUUCAUGUGGGAGCAUGUAUAAUAAAUGCCUACAGCAAGUGUGGAAUUGUUGAUGCUGCAUGCCAUUUGUUCGAUGAAAUUGCAACUUCAAGUGCAAAGCAACAUUUUGUGCUAGACGUGGUCUUCUGGAAUUCAAUUAUAUCAGGCUGUGUUCGGAAUGGAAGGGAUGAAAUGGCCUUCCAAUAUUUCAAAAGCAUGCAGUUCUAUUAUUCUUAUUACCGGAACAACAAUUAUGCUGAUUUAGAUUUGGACCCUGAUUGUUAUACUAUUUCAAGUCUCCUGUCCUCUAGUUAUUGCCUUGAGAGAAACCCAAGUCUGGGUGAACAGCUUCAUGGGUAUUCCACCAAGACAGCCAUCCUCUCGAGCCUUUCAGUUGGGAACGCUCUCAUCACCUUCUAUGCUAGAUGGUGCUGGUUUCACAAAGCGAAGCUUGUUUUUGACUCUAUGCCUCGAGUGAAUGUUGUUUCAUGGACUGCGUUGAUCUCAGGCUAUGCUCAACAGCCAGGUAAUGAAGAAGAGUCCUUGAAGAUAUUUGUCACUAUGAUGAGGCACAACAGCCAGUUGCCAAACGAAUUCACUUUUGCCACUAUUUUCAGUUCAUGCGGGAGAUUGACUUCCUUCUCUCAGGGUAUCCUAUUUAUUGCAGCAGCUUUGAAAUUGGGCCUUCUUCCCGACAUUAAUGUCAAGAAUUCACUAGUGGGGUUCUACUCAGAAUGUGGUUGCUUGGAAGAAGCCGAGGCUGCUUUCAAGGACAUUGCUAAUCCUGACCUUGUAUCAUGGAAUUCCCUUCUGAAAGGAUACUCCCAACAAGGAAAAGGUGAAGAAGCCCUCGGACUUUUUAAGAAGAUGCUUGAAGAGGGUGAGACCCCGGAUGCCAUUACAUUCCUCUCUCUCCUGUCUGCAUGUAGGCACUCGGGGAUGGUGUACCAAGGUCUCAACCUGUUCAGAUGCAUGAAGCAAGAUUAUGGGAUUGAACCGGAGGAAGAACACAUUUCUUGCAUAGUUGAUCUGUUAGGACGUGCUGGUAAGCUACGUGAAGUAGAAGUAUUUAUCAGGGAUACCCAAUUCAAUCUAGGCCCUUCUGUUUGGAGGACAAUUCUUGGAGCCUGUCGAGUCCAUGGUCAGGUGGAACAAGCAGAGUUAGCUGCCUCAAGGCUUCUUCAAUUGGAGCCUUGUGAUAGAGAAGCUCACUUUGUGCUCUGCAACAUCUAUGCAGCAAGUGGGAGAUGGGAUAUGGUUGCAAGCCUGAGGCGCUCGGUUAAAGAGAAAGGAAUGGAAAAGGAGCCUGGUUUUAGCUGGAUUGAAGUGGGUAACCAGAUACACUUCUUUUUAGUUGCACACUGGAGUCAUCCGCAAAUAGAUGAGAUCCAGAGGACAUUAUUUGAACUUACAAACAACAUCAAGGAAUGGACACUUGAGACAAGUGAAAUAAAUGAUUUUUUGAACUGAAAAGCUAUCUGUUGGCGAAUGUGCUAUUGUUCUAACUCUUGCUUGCAGUUCUUCUCAUGCAAGAGCUCCUCUGGCAUGUUACAGAGUGUUCUCAUUGUAUUGCUUGCCAUAUCCAUAAACUGCAGAUACUCGCCUGCUCCUGUCUUCGUAUAUUCUUUGUCAUUCUUGAUCUGUCAGAAACUCCUUGCAGAUCUAGGGACAGUGCGGAGACUAGUAUUUACACAUGGGCAAAAAUGUAGCAGAGACAGAGACAGCGAUUAGAGAGUAAGAGGUGGGUGUGCUGUGUGCAGAUAUAUAAGUGGAUUUGGUUACAAACAGUCCAGCACAAACAUGAUCUAAAAAAAAGUUAAACCCUAGGUAGGCUCAUGAAAAAAAAUUCCUGGCUAUGCCCUCAAAGUUUCUUCUUUUCAAAUUGUAUGAAUAGGUUACUUUUCUAUUGUCAUAUUUCACUCUUCCUAAUCUAAUAUUUUACGCUGCCUACUGUUCGGUGGUUUAAAUUGAGAUUCACUUAAAUAUGUAUGAAUAGGUUAGUUUUCUCUUAUUUGGCAUCAAUUGCUUUUAAUUAUAUAGUUAGUUUUUGCUUGCUAAUUAACCUAACAACUACGCAGGAAUCAUUGUGUCUCUUAUUUAGCAUAAAUUUGUAUAUGCUAUAUCAUUGACAAGAUCUACGAUUACAAGAGCAGGCAGAAUUUCAUAGGUGUGUUGAAGCUCACAGUAUACACUUUUUUUUGGACCAAAAUAGUAUUUUAUUCAUGUCAUGUCUAACUAAUUAAAUUGGAUUUCAGAUAUCAUUGGUUUAGUUGUGUUUGUAAGCCACACAUCUAUUGUUGCUUCUAAUUAAAAAAAAGGGAUUCUACUAUUAUGUGUCAAGUCUUUAAAUAAGAAUCUCCAGGCCAGGCAUGAAUAAUGCACAUAGAAACCUUCCCCUCUUUACAUGUGGCUUUCAUUAAACCGAAUAAAAGAAAAGGCACAAGGUGAGGAUGCUUACUUGACCCACCCCCUGUCCACUUAAAAAUGUCUGCCUCAAUAUACUAACUCAUUCUAUCUGUAAUUGGCAGGGCUUCCUCAAGGCACCAAACAAAACAAUGUCACAGGAAAUGACCAUCCUGACAAUGUGACAACUCAUUGCCACAACAAGGAGCUUAGACAAUGUUCGGAUGAAUCUUGAAGUUCUCAAGUACUAUGCAAUAGUUUUGUUCUUGGUACUAGUUGAUAGGGCAUAUGUGGGGGAAAUUUUGCAAGAAAAAGCUUAUUGCUGAGAUCAAGAAGCUUGAUAAUCUAUGUUCAAUAUGAUUCACCCUUCUUGACAGUACUAUUUGACAAGCGAGGGAUCUCCACCUGCAACUAUGAAAAUCUUUGUUCGGAUAUAAAACCAAGGUUUAAAAUGUCAAUAUCGGUGGAAAUGUUAGUCAUGCAAAUAUAAGAAACAUGCCGGAAAUAUCAUAUGGAAAUAUUGUAAAACUUAAUAGGCAUGGUGGAAACA